CUCUGGGACCAUGGAGCAGCGGGGCAGGGCAGAGCGAAGCACUGCGGAAGAUCGUCAUGGAUGCCUUGCAUUUACUGGAGAAGCAGAAGGACAAGAGUGAGCAGGGAUGAGACGUAUGGGAGGUUCGGGGCACAGGGGACGAGACUCAGAGGACUUGGAUGGGGAUCCGUGGGAAUAUAGGAUGUAUGGAUUUGGGGUGUGGUAUAAGGGCAUAUUUGGGGAAUCCUGAGGGUAUAUGGGUUUCAGGGUAUAGAGGGUCUGGUGCUUUUUGGGGGUAUUUAGGGGCAUAUGAAAGUCUGGGAUGGGUAUAUGGGAUCUAUGGGAUCCAGGUGAGUUGCACGGGGAAUGUGUGGGAUGAGUGGGGACACGAGUCUUGACAUUGGAAGAUUUUGGAGGGGGGGGAGCAUUGUCUGACAUGGACAUCUGUGAGCCUCCAGAGCCUUUUGAGGUGUCUCUGCGGGAAGCCAUCCAAAUUAUUUGGGUGAAGCUGAGCCAGUUGGAGCAAGCUCCUGCCUGCAUCCCCCCCUGCGGGCACCAGCCGGCCGCCCGCAUCUUCCAGUGCUCAACCUGCCGCCUCGUGGACUGCCAGUUCCCUGUAGACUGUCCAGUUCAGGACGUGUGGGUCCACGAGGACGAAGCCGUCACGCUGCGCUGCGACGUGCCCUUCGCCGUCCCUCCCGAGCUGCAGGUUACGUGGAUGUUUGCCAAGGACAUACGCACGCAGGACCUGGCGCUGUUUGAGGAGCUGCAGAGGGGCGCUGGGGAACCGCCCGGCCUGACCGUGCAGGACCCCACUCUGGGAACCAUCGCCUGUCGCCUGGGGGCCGCCUCUGAGACCCUGGCCCGCAAUGUCGGGAGGAAGCGUGGAGGCCGAGCAGGGGCUCCAGGCCCGGUUCAGAGCUGUGCUGCGCUGGCCCCGGGGCAGAGCCCCCCUGCACCUCACCACAUCCCUGCAGCUGGGAUUGGUCCUUGGCUUCGUCGGGCUCGUGCUGCUGCUGCUGCUGCUGCUGUGAGCGCUCCUGACCUGCCGCACUCACCGUUCCCGCAGCUGGGGUCCCUCACAGACCUGCAUCAGGGCCUCCUGGCGAUGCUGCCGAAAAUCUUCGGAGCCUCCCAGACCCCAGUGACUCCCGGGCACCCCAUGGACACCAGGGCCCCAAAGGGAGUGUGGAUUCAUGUGGACUUACACCAGGAUCUUUCCCCCGAGGGCCGAAACAUCAGCAGCUGCUCAUCGUGCAUUGUCCAUGGGGUGUAGCGGAGACUCCCGGGUCCUUACGCUGACUCUUUGCCUGUAUGGAGUGGGGGAGAAUUUGCCUUUGCUUUUGUUACAAAUUAUAAUCAUAA